CUUGAACACUUGAAGGCAUGCUAAAUGGCGUCAAUGGCGUCCUCGUACCGUGUUCUAUUUCGCCUUGUUAGGCGACCGUUUAACUACAUAUUCAAGCAAAGUAGUUCGCCAACGUCGCAGAUAAGUUCGUCCAGUUUCCCGCAAGUCACGCAGAGCUUUUGCCAGAAGUUGCCAAGCUGCAAGAAUGCCAUGUUGGCAGGGUUGCUGUCACUUCUUGGGCUGCAGGAGCGUGAACCAGAGGACCCACUCAUUCACACAAUCAAGCUUGGCAUAUUGAACCUUCAGAGACAAGAUUUCAAUAAGGCUGAGUCAAUGCUUCAUAUAGCUCUCAAGAUGGCCCAAGAGCGGGAAGAUCGCCAGGCUGAGACCUACAUUUUUGAUGUCCUGGCUAAUGUAGCAUUUGAGAAAGGCGACUAUGAUAAGGCUGAGAAACUCUUUGUGGAUGUCAUGAAACGGUCUAUUGCUGCUGGGAUGCCACGUGAUGACAAUGCCAUUGUUGAGAUGUCACUCAAGCUUGCUGAAAUUUAUGAUCACCGCAAGGACACAAAGAAGGCUGAGCAGGGAUACCGCUUUUGCAUCGACACCCAGGAGAAAAAGUUGGAAAAAAAGGAUUACUUAGCCUGUCUUUCCGAGCUAAGUGAUGUUGAAAAGGAUACUUUGGUGCUCUGGGCACGAAGCACAGAGGCCUUUGGACGGCAUCAACUGGAGCAGGGGAGAAUCUUCGAAGCACAGAAAUGCUUUGAGGAUGCACUUACUGUCUCUAAAAAGGUUAAUGGCAUGGGUCAUGAAGUUACUCUUUCAUUGUUGAAUGAUGUUGGCACUGUGGCUUCAAUGCUGCAUGACUAUGACAGAGCGCUGAAAUUGCUCAAAGAAGCAAUUGCAGUGGGCCGUGACAUUAAGUCAAGCAAUCUGGCUGUGUUCUACUGCAACUUGGGCGGUGUGUUAAUGGAGGAGGGUCGAAGCUAUGCAGAAGCAGAAGAUGCAUGCCGGGAAGCCCUAAAGCUGGCCAACAAAACAAACAACAGUGAAGCUGCAGCUAGGUCUCGUGACUGCCUGGAGGAGCUAAAGAAACGUGCCCCCAGAGCGGUGUUUGUGAGGUGAUCAAUGACUCCAUGAGGCGUUCCGCUGCUGCAAAGUGUUCUGGUUCUGUUCUGCUCCUGCCUGAUGUCUCUUGUUGCAGCAUGUUGGCAUCAAUUGCGCUGUCGUGCAGUUGUGCUUGCACCUUUGAGUUGCCACUUUGCUGAUAGCAAAAGUCAUCGUACAGCAUCUAGUCACAAACAUGUAUCCAUGGAGCUAGAUGGACGACUCCAAGAAUAGCAUUUGUCCCAACUGUGGUACAGCUCUGUCUGGUUAAGCAUGUUUGCUUGCGGCUAAGAAGUCUCCUUCUAUGUUCCUAGCCUGCACUGCCUUUAAUGGUCUUUAGGAGCCUGUAUGUUAUAUAGGCACUGUGCACAACUGAGGUGAAGUGAUUGUGCGUAGAUAUAUUUCCUUACUGAAAGCUCCUAUCCACCAAGGUUAAAAUGUGAUGCUUGGUACAUGUGAAUGUUCUUCGACUAUUUUUCCGAGUGAUAUUUUUUUCAUUGAGCACUACUAGCUAUGUGUUGUAAGCAUAUGUAUUUGAAGUAUGCACAAUGUACAUUGCACUGUUAUUGUCAUUAAAGAUAUUGCUAUCUGACACUCCGUGUGACAAGCGUGGAAGCAUGAACAUUGUUAAGCAAUAAAGUUAGAAGCAUUGUCCAAUCUUAUCUUAGCAGUGACUUGCCUGCUAGUGGAACAAAAGUAUCAAAAAGUGAUCUUUCAAGCUGUGUUAUGGUGGAAUGCUACUAGUACAUCAGCAGCCUAAAAUUAAAAAUGUGCAACUGCUGUGCUAUCAUUUUUUUCUUUAUGUAGAUUAUUCCAUGGAGUCAUUGUGCUAAUGUAUAUGUGUGCAUCAAACACAGUAACAUUACACAUGGUAUUAAAGUUUAUUUGUAUGCAUGAAAGCAGUUGCAGAGUGGCAGCAUUUCACUUCAUGUGAUGUCACUCUGUGUAAAAUCUGCAUAAAAUUGAGAAAGUGCUUGUUUUACUACCCAAAGUGGGUGGUUUCCGCAAACUAAAAAUAACGUGCUCUAUAUUGUAUAGUAACUUGCUGCUUAAGGACAGCCAGUUUUAUUUUCAUAUGCUGCUAAAUGCUGGUUCAGCUUGAAGCGUGAACCUGUGCCUGACUUUCUGGCGCAAGCAUAGGAGUUUGUGCUGGCUGGUGAGUCGCAGCAGCAAUCAGUACAAUGCAGGCUUGAAAGCUCGAAACAUGUACUGUACCUUCUGCAUGUUUUCUAUUCCCACCCUCACUUCUCAUGUGUGCUUACUGUUUCUGUUAUAUUGACAAACUUAAGUCAAGGGCAUUAAAACCCAAAAUGACUUCAUGUAUUUUUUUGUGUGGUAAUACGAUCUUGAUUUAUAUACGAAGGGAUGGGCCAUCUCCCCUCUUGUGUGAAUUCACCCCUCUUGUGUGAAUGCUGGCUGCAGAGCGAUCUGAAUCACGUCACAUAUCACGUGACUGAUUCGUCCGCGAUCACAUCCAUCGUGUGAAUACAGCUUUGUGGGUACUAAAAAUUGAUUUGUGAAUAUUAGAUACCAUGUCCUUCUUGCUGCUAAUUUGGGAUCAGUUGUAUGCAUCACUCUCUUUGUUUCUGUAUUGCAGCACUUCAUGCCAUUUCACUUUUGAAUGUUUUUGUUACACUGCAUUGAUUUAUUUAUGGGCAUUGGCCAAGGUCAGCAUGAACUGAAGAUCAUGCUGGCUGACAUAUUUGAUGGUGUGUACACUUCAUAAUUGUUUUCCAAGUAGUCAGAAAGUGGUAGAACACUUGCCGACUUCAAAAGUUUUAUUGUGAAGUGUUUAAGAGCUUGCUUGCAAGUGUAAUUUUGACAUUAGUGUAACUAUUUUUACUGUUCAGUUAAGGGGACAUUUGCUCUUGAGGAAUGCAAUCGCCAGCCAAAGUUUUAGACCUUGAUUUUUUCUGACCGACUAGAUUCUUUGUGCCUACCCACAGCAGCAUUGCUCUGAUAGAACCAAGGUGUUACAAGAACUUAAACUUUGGCCUCUAUUAGGUAAAUAUUUUGCUAAUAAAACUUCAUGACUGUUCCCUGAGUGCCUCUUCAGGUGAUCCUACAGAACAAAACUUCUGUUAAAAAAAAAAAGAUACAGCCAACAUCCUGAGUGAUAUAGUAGUUUGUAGUAUCUUUUACCAGAUUUCUGUAUUUUUAGGCACUGGCAGUAGUAUUUUCUCAAAUUUUAAGGUUGGCAGGUCGGCUGUAGUACAAGUGUUAACGCCAUAUAUGAAUGGACGAGUCACAUUGAGCAGGAUAUUUUUAUGCUCAUUGAAGUGUAACUUCUCCAGUGUAUAAUAAUUUGUUUAACCAGUAUGUCUUAUACAAAAUAUAUUUGUAGUACAGUUAUUUAUUGAGCUGAAGAUUUGUUGCAGCUUAGUGGUGUGGCACAAAGUUUCUCCUGCUGGCACAUUGUUCUUGGUAAUGUUGUACACCUUUUUUGUGUCCUCUGUAUGGUGAAUUUACCUGUAAUGCAAAGUAACAAGAAAUAAAAGAGAAAUGCACUUCA